CUCAGUUGCUUUACAGAGCUGGACCCUUAAAGACCAUUACUUUAACAUUAAAAAGCUACAAAUGAAGGACGACAUGGUACUUGGACUUCUGUGCACAUUGGCCGAUAACGACGGAAUGCGGGUGACUUUUAAGAAGACGUUCAUAAGAGCUUUAGGAAGUGUUUUUGUUUCUGGUGCAGCUCUAGUUAUCGGUGGAAAGCUGAUGGGUCCCUUCGGCUUGGUUGUGGGUGGUGCCGUCGGUGGACUCGCAGUUUACGUACUUUCGAAAGGUCAAGGAAGGUUCAAGUUGGCUAGUGAAGUUAUUCGGAGUGAUUUAUCGAACAAGCAGCUCCGGGCACUGAAGAACCAUGUGAUGAAGGAUUUACCAUCGGAAAAGGACCAAGAAGUUGUGGCGAUAAUCCUAAUGAACGAUCAUGCACAGUUUCUUGCACUUGAAGCGCUUAAGAAAUAUUUUACAAACUCUUUGGGAUCAAUAAUUCUCAAUAAUAAUUGUGUAAUGCCAAAGAUGUAUAUUAAAAUUGCUGGGGAAGAAAUAUUUUAAAGCCAAAUAAUUAAACACAAAUCGGUUCGCCUGUUAUUGGGGUUCAAACGUGAUCAAAAUCAUGGUUUUUUGUAAAAGUGUAAUCAACAAGUCAACAGGAAAUACUUAUCAAAGCCCUUUUUAAUAAAUGCUUAUAUAUCGAUGA